CUUUGUGGGGACUGGGGGCAUCCCUGGGGGACCAAUGGCAUCCCUCAGGGACUGACAGCUUUGGGGGGACUGGUGGCAUCUCUGGGGGACUGACAGCUUUGGGGGGACCGGUGGCAUCCCUGGGGGACUGACAGCCCCAAGGUACACCAAUGGCAUCCCUGGGGGACUGACAGCUUUGGGGGGACCAAUGGCAUCCCUGGGGGACUGACAGCUUUUGGGGGGGACCAGUGCCAUCUCUGGGGGACCGAUGGCAGCCCUUGGGGGAGAGCAUCCCAGGGGGGACUGAUGGCAGCCCUGGGGAAACAAUGGCAUCCUGAGGGACUGACAGCCUUAGGGACACCGGUGGCAACCCUGGGGGACUGACAGCCCCAGGGGACACCGAUGGCAGACCGGCUGCCUGGUGAGGCUUGCACUGACCCCGUCCAGCCUCCCCCCAAGCAGGAGGGACACCAGGGCAGCACUGGGUGCCAGGGUGCAGUCAGUGCUGGCCGAGCACUGGGGCUCUCACCCACAAACGUGGCCCCUGCCAGCAGCAACCCACAAAACAUGUCCCUCGACCAGAACUGGUCACUCCCAGGGGAGAAGAGAAGCAGAAGGGAAUUACCCGAGCCGGGGAUUUGCACAGGCCCAGGAGAUUUGAAAUAACCAUAAUCUGGCUGUGGGGGUUAUUUUGGCACGGUGGCGGCUGCCCAGCACCCUUGAGAGCGAUGCCAGGCUGAGCCCAGCCAGGGGCGUGGGGGCUGGAGCGGGGAUUAGAGGGUGCAGAGAUGCAGGGAGGCACGUACAAGUCCCGGGGGUGCCCUGCAUCCCCCCCCCCCCGGUGCGCAUGGGGCGGGCAGAGCCAGCCCAGCUGGAAAAUGAGGAGGACGAAGCCUAUUAGCAGCUCAGUGCCAGCGAAGCAGAAGCAGGGAGGGAAGCGGAUUUGUGGGGGGAAGGGGGCCAGGACCUUGAGCUGGUGAUGGCUAUAUCGGUCCUGGGUUUCAAAGGAGCUGCCGGGGGGGUGUUGGGGGGCCCCUGGACCCUCUGCUUGGGCCAGAGGAGAGCAUCUGUGGCUGCGGGGAUGGGAUAGUCCGUGUGCCAGGGAUGCUCCUGUCCUGGGUGUCCCCCCAGCAUGCACACACCAGCUGAAAAAUAAGGACAAUGGUUCCAAAGCGGGGUCCGGGGCGGGCUGGUGCACAGCCAUGCUGUGUUGUUGUAGCUCAAAGGGCUUCUCUACCCAGAUCUUGCUGCUGGAGAGGAUGGGGGAGUGGGUGGGGGCACCCUGUGUCCUGUGUGGGCCUUUUUGGGGGCUUCUCGGAGGUGCAAGCGUCCUUCAGGGGUCUGUGGGAAGGGCUGAGCUGCCGGUGCAUCCAGCUCUCGUGCCUCAGUUUCCCCAGCUGCCGAGCAGGGCUGUGGCUGUCGCAGGGGGAGAGCCAUCUCCCUCUUUCAGUUCAGUGGCCACCGUCAUCACCGCUCUGGUUUUCCCCCUUUUCCCCCUCUGCCGCAGCCCAAAUUGAAGUGAUCCCUUGCAAGAUCUGCGGAGACAAAUCCUCAGGGAUCCACUACGGCGUUAUCACCUGCGAAGGCUGCAAGGGCUUUUUCCGGAGGAGCCAGCAGAACAACGCCAGCUACUCCUGCUCCCGGCAGAGGAACUGCCUGAUCGACCGCACCAACCGCAACCGCUGCCAGCACUGCCGCCUGCAGAAAUGCCUGGCACUGGGCAUGUCCCGCGAUGCGGUGAAGUUCGGCCGCAUGUCGAAGAAGCAGCGGGACAGCCUCUACGCCGAGGUGCAGAAGCACCAGCAGAGCCAGGAGCAGAGCGGUGGCACCAAGGAUGAGCCUGAGCCCCUGAGCCGCGUCUACACCACCAGCGUCAGCAGCGGGCUCUCGGACCUGGAUGACAUCUCCACUCUGUCAGACGGGCUCCUCUUCGACUUCCCCCUCACCCCUGAUGGCAGCAGCACCUACUACAACCUUGACCUGCUCGCCUCGGCGCAGCCGUCGCCCGACCAGUCCAGCCUGGAUGUGGCCGACGCCACGCUCAUCAAGCAGGAGUCCAUCUACGAGCUGAUGCUGGAGCCAGCCCUGUUCGCGCACGGCACGCUGGAGGGCGGACAGCUGGCUGCCGACAUCUCCAUCCUUGAGAUAGACCGGGUGGCCCAGAACGUGGUGAAGUCGCACCUGGAGACGUGCCAGUACACGACAGAGGAGCUCAAGCGCCUGGCAUGGAGCCUCUACUCCCCCGAGGAGGUCCGCGCCUUGCAGAGCAAGAGCUGCGAGGCCAUGUGGCAGCAGUGCUCGCUGCAGAUCUCCAACGCCAUCCAGUACGUGGUGGAGUUCGCCAAGCGCAUCGACGGCUUCAUGGAGCUCUGCCAGAAUGACCAAAUCAUCCUCCUGAAAGCCGGUUGCCUCGAGGUGCUUCUGAUCCGCAUGAUCCGCGCGUUCAACCCCUUGAACAACACUGUCCUCUUCGAGGGGAAGUUCGGCAGCGUACAGGUGUUCAAGUCGCUGGGCUGCGAUGACCUCAUCGGCGCUGUCUUUGAGCUGGGGAGGACGCUGUGCCGCCUGCAGCUGUCAGACGAGGAGCUCGCCCUCUUCACUGCCGCCGUCCUGCUCUCCCCGGAUCGCCCGUGGCUGACUGAGUCCAAGAAGGUGCAGAAGCUCCAGGACAAGAUCUACGUGGCCCUGCAGCACGAGAUCCAGAAGAAACACUCCACCGAGGACAAGCUCUCGAAGAUGGUUUCCAAACUGCCCUUGAUGAAGACCAUUUGCAACCUACACCUGGAUAAGCUGGAAUUUUUCCGUCUCCUGCACCCGGAGACUGCCAUGAACUUCCCACCCCUCUAUAAGGAGGUCUUCAACUCAGAGCUUCAGUACAGCGACCCACGGGAGAGCUAAGGCUGGGAGCUGCUGGCCCCCUUUGAGUUCCCCAAAAUUUGGAGACGAACUAAACUUCAGAGGUUUGGGGCUGUUUAUUUAAAUCAAAUAAUCAAACUCAAGAGAACCCGAGGGGGCUGGGGUAUCUGCCUGGCCCCGUGUCCUCGCUGUGGAUUGCAAUAGCUCUUGAAUGUAAAGCACCUUGAAGGAAAAAGCAAACGGACUUUGCCAUACCAGUGAAAUGAAUGUGAAAUCUCUGCUCGGGAGAGGAGAUGCUCCUGGCAGUGGUAAGGGACCGACUCCUCCCCACAGUUCACGGAUCCAGGGGAGCACACGCCACGCACACACUGCCGCACUCGCAGCAUGGCCCUUCCCGCUGUCCUGGCUGCACUCUCCAUCUCUGAUUUUUUUUAAAAUAAUUAUUAUUUUUAUUUUAUUUUUUUUUACCCAAACACAAGGCAUAGGAUAAAGAAGGGGCAAUGCAGACUUGGCUGGAUAGGGGUGAGCCAGGCCAGUGGCAGCAGCUUUGGGCUCCCAGCUGGAGCUGAGGAGAGGGCAAAGGCAGAGCCUUUGCUUUAUUCCUUCUCCCAUGGGUGCAGCGAGCACACAGGGCAUGGGGUGACCUCGGGAGCUUGGCUGAGAAAGACCCGGCUGUGGCCAGGGCAGGAUUUGGCCCAGGAUUUUCCCAUGGAGGAGGCUGGUUCGAGGGAAAGGAUGCCUGACAUGGCAGGGGAAAAGCUUUGCAGGGUCUCCAUGCCCUCCACCGCAGCAUUUUCCCAAAUGCCUGGCCAACUCCCUGUCCAGCUGGCUGACUGCUCGGCUUUUCAGAGCCGAUGUGGCACGUCUGCCCGCCUCGUGCCACCUUUCACGAAUCCCGAGCACUUUUUGAAGAGGGGCUUUGCCCUUGUGACUGUGGCCAAAUCCUGGCUCCUGGCAGCUUUGCCCCAGAGGCAGCCGCAGGCAUUGGUACGGGCACCAGGGUUCGGUGCCUGUCGCCGCACGUUGUCGCAGGCAGCGGCUCUUUGGGUGCUGGCUGUUGCAUGUAAUUUUCUUAUUGAGACUUAAAACUGUGCCGUGGCUCAGCAUCCAGAGGAGAUUUUGUGGCCUUUCCUCCACCCAGCCCACAGCCAGUCCCACUGCCAGGUCCCCCUUCCCACGGCAGGACCACUGAAGUGCACACCGCAGCUGCUGUUACAGGUUCAGCUGGACCCUGGCUCUUCCCCCCAAGGAGCUCUUCGGAACUGUUGUUUUGGGGUUUUUUCUCUAUUUAGCAGGACCUGGGAUUUUCUUAGGGGGAGAAGCUGCCCGUUGGGUUCAAGGGGAAGCGAAAGGUCCUUAUUCCUUUCCCAGGGCAUCGCGGUGUGAUUGGGACCUGCUGUUCUGAUCUUAGGAGACUCAAAGGGUGAAGAAGGGAUGUAUUUGUGGAGUGAUGCUGCGAUAGCCUGCAGCUGGCGGGGCUGCUUGGGGCACUCUAUGGCCAGGCUUUGCAGAUGUUUUUUCCGUCCCUAUCCAUGCUCCUCCUGCAGCAACUGCCAAAAGCUACAAGGGAAAAACCUGCUCCGAGGCAGCCCCAAUUCUGCUGACAAAGGGCUAAAAUCCCAAGCCCCUUCCUGCUUUGUGUUGGUUUCUUUGGGGUCCAACCCCUUUCUCUAGCAGCUUGGACCAUCUCCAAGCGUGAGCCGAAGACUUUCAGUCCCAUAAUUGCACCCCUUAAAUUAAACAAGCAGCUUUCUUAGCAAUGGUAGGGGAUAUUCAUGCUUUCAGUUAAAGACCGCCUAGGGAAGAACAUGGACCAACCUUGACGAGGGGAGACUCACCAGGAAGCUGAUGGGAUUUCUGCAGAGAAAAAUUUGGGACCGUGCUAUUCCCUGGCAGCCACCGUCCGUCGCGUACAGCCAUGAGCUUUCUGGUUUUGCUAACAGCCAUCUGAACUGCUUCUUGGAGCAUAUUGGAGUUCGCCAGCCUUGUUUCUCUCCCCGAUGGCAUUAGAGCCCAGGUCUCUGGUGAAGGCUGCCGACCCUCCAGCAGCCUCGUGCGAUGUCGAGUGCCAAUGCAUCGUUCUGCAGUGCGGCGUUCACCAGGGUGGGGAUGUGCCGUGCUUGUUUCCUGCCCUCUCGGAUCCUAAAGCUUUGACAGAAGUGAGAAGUCAGUACUGCCUUUUUCAUCUAGAGGGUUGUGCCUUUUUUUUUUUUUUUUUGAAGCAUCAUUUCCAACAGCACCGUUCGCUUCCUGGCUCCUCCCUGCAGGGAAAAGCACUCGAGAAAAUGAAUGUGCUUUGCGGAGGCAGCUCUCACCCUCCGUUUCUGCAGGACAGCAGCACUCCCUUUCUCAGAGGAAACAGCUGCGGGUGUUUUGAAAUGUUUGGGGGGGGG